GUGCCGCACGGAGCUUGCGAGAUGCUUGAUGGGGCGAGUAGUCCCUUUGGGCCGCACCUGUGAAAGCGGCGGAACAAGUCUUGUUGAUACCUGGGGCUGACCCAGAAGGAGGGACCCUGUGUGCUACGGGGAGCGCGGCUACAGCUCUCUCCUCUCCCUUCCAGAGGCUCGGCGGGGGGCGGGAGGCGCCAGGGAUUUUCUGUUGAGCCUUGCCGCGGGUUCUGUGUCACGUGAUCGUAUGUGCGGCAGUUUAUUGGGGCCGUUCUGACGCAGGCCCAUGGCGCGAGCUCGGCAACUGCUGUGGGGCGCUCGAGGCCUGGCGCUGCUGUUGUGUCUGGGUGGAUGCUGCGGCAUAUGGAGGUAUAAAACUAAUGUAGAAAACUAUGCUCUCUUCACUACCAGAACCACUAUAUAUUUAGAGUAUGAAGGACCUUCAUUUGGGGGAUGGGACAUUUCUCCAUCAUGUACUGUUACAAAUAAAAGUUCACGUACAGCAACACUGAACUGUCCAGUUCCUGGAAUUCACAGGAUUAGACCAAAAGUUGACAAUGAGACAUUUGAGGAUGUGGACCGCUAUUUGCCUAUCUCUGAACAGUUGAAUUGCUUUUUGUGGUAUGUGUUAAAAAGUUCUCCAGAGCACAGCUCCGUUCCAUCCUCAAAAAAUGAUAGCCAGGAGUUAAUCUUAUGGAUAUACGAUCCAGAAAAUGCAGAACCCUCUGAAUUGAAUCACACGGCAAUGUCUCCUCCACCGAAUUCUAAGACACUUAGCAAGCAGUUUUGGAAUUUGGGACAGGAACCUGUUGUUCAGACCUAUUUUAGAAAUACCAAAUACUUUGCCACUGCAUUUCCAGAGUUGGGAUUCUGGAAAAUUAAUGUACCUGCAGUGUUAGAUGACAUCAUAACUAAUAUCCAUGGAAAGGCAAUAGCUUUCCAGGAUUGUUUUGUUCUAGAUAGUCCCUUUAUCAUUUCCAGGCCUGAAGAGCCAUUUCCUAACAAUGUAAAUGACAAUUCCCUCUGUUCUCCAGCUGGUAGUGAGCCUUACAUUGAGUGGUCUGCCUGUUUUCCAACAACUGCACUUUUGUUGUCAGAAUUUGGAACUUUCCAUACAAAUGAUGGAUUCAUAACAUAUAAAGAAAUCAAAGCUCCAGCACACAUUUUGGGCUUUGACUUAAGUCAUAAAGUAACUGAUAUUGUUUUAACUGAUGAUGGAAUCUUAUUUUUAAUAACGGGGACAGUUUACAAAAGAGAGUCCAAUCGGUUUUUUAAACUUGGAUCUGAAUACAAUCUACCAGAAACAGGAAUAACUGGAAUACAGUCAAGACUUUGGUGUUCAUCUGAAUAUCCAGUACAGAGUGGAAGAAAAUUAAGUACAGUAGCAAUAUGGACACCAACUGAACAAUAUCUAGGAUAUGAUGGCAAUGUGUUUAUUAAAAUAACAGAUACAACAACCCUAAAGAAGGUUCUAGAUUUGCCAGUGACUGCUUCUUUAUCUAUAGGCACUGUUUGCUAUGACUCACGCCCAUCUGAAGUUUCUUUGCUGAUGGCCUGCGUUGGGUGCAGCUCCUCCAGGGUGUUUUAUCUGUCAGCUUAUAAUGAAGACCGAGAUUUGUGGGUCCUAAGAGACUUUUCCUUAAAUGCUCCUCCCCAGGGUUUUAUGCUAAUGGAAUUUGUAUAUUCAGCAUCACCAUCUAUGCUGAUGUGGAACAAGGAAAUGGUCUAUUAUAGCUAUAAAAACAACACAAUUAAUGGAUUUGUUAUGGUAGCUGGGUUAAAUCAGAAACUAUCGGAAGUAUCUCAAGGGAGCACUAUUCACCAACUGGUUAUUGACUAUUUCGGGAACACUGUGAUAAAGAUGAAAAACAAUGUCAUGAUUUUUUUUAAAGUUGAAAUGAAAAAUGCUGUGGAGCUCCCUCAAUGGGAAAAGAAAAGCAAAAACAUAGUCCUUUACUUGAAUCCAUCUGGUAACCUAGAUAUGCUGUUUAUCAAUGGUUCUAGUAUACACCGUAAGGUCUAUCCCUUGAAAACUGAAAUGUUUACUUAUAUACAUGGUUUUCAAGAUAUUUGCCCAUAUCUAGUAUUUCAGCACAACAUGGAUUUAAAUGUCUAUUAUCUGGACAUGGGAGAUGAAGUGACAUUUUGGGCUCAAAUAGUCUAUAUAGAGAAUCUGGGCCUAUCCACAAUUGUGGAAAUCUACAGGCCAGAACUGCUGAUGCAGACAACAGAUGUCAAUUAUGAAAUAGCUCGUGGAAUCUGUACUAAAAACCAGACAAUGAAAUUUUACCAUAAAAUGGACUAUAGCCUUGAACCUAAUUACACAGAAGCAUUAUAUGAUGGCAGCGCAUUUGUUAAAACAGUUGAGGCAAAUUUUAUAUUAUGGGAGAUACAUGGCAGAAGUGACUACAGCUACAACUCAUCUAUGAAGCAGGUGGGUUGUUUGCGUGAAGCACAGACUUGGAUUUCCAUGCUUGAGGAACAUGAAAACAGUACAUUAGACGAAAUAUGGGGGCCACAGAAUUACAGAUCCUGCUUUCAAUCUGAACUUGGACCUCUAGGAGACCUAAAUCAGCUGUAUCAAAUUAUGAACCACUCUGGUUAUAAUUCUCUCAUUUGGCCUACUGAGUACAGUGGCAUUUAUGUGUUCAGAGUGAAAAUAGUGGACCCAAAUUUCAGUUUUUGUGACUUAACUACAAUCUUUGCAGUCCGUACAUAUGGCAUAGUAGAAAGUCCAAACAUUGGUGAGGUUGCUGGCUUUUCAAUCCUCAUACUGUCCAUUUUUGGGGGCAUCCUUAUUGUAAGCUACUUCAGGUAUGUGAAGAUUUAUCGAGCACUCAUUUAUGUUGAUCCACUGCCAUCACAUGACCAACAAGAUCAAACAAGAAAGACAGCACAUGAGUUGAAGAAGGACCAAUAA